UUCAAUUCGAGCCUUUCGCGUGUUUCGAAACCCUAGGUUUCGAGCUUUCGACCCUCUCGAUUGGCUAUGGCGAAACGCGGGCCUUCUUAGAUGGGCGAGGGGUUCUUCUCGGGCUCCGACGGUUCUCGAUGGGCGGGCUGACGAUCAACCGGAAGCGCGGCGACGAGUUCUCGAGCUUGAGCAGCGGAGGGCGGCCGAAGCUCCACCGCUCGCCGGAUUUCCACGCCUCGAAGAGGCCGCGGCGGUUCCCGCCGAUGCAGCAAUCCCCCGGCCGCGCCGUUCCUUCGAAGAGCGCCGUCUCCAGGAUCUCCAGAUACCCGGAAGCCACGAGCGAGCUGCGCCGCGAGGUCCAUGCCCCGGUGAGGGCGAGCAAAUUCGGGACGUCCGCGUCUGUGUCGGGUAGGAUUUCUUUCGGUAACGAGGAAUACGGUGGUAGCGAUAUCAUGGGUAAUAGGUUGACUAGCAAGUACAAUAGGGCGAAGGCGAGCGCGUUGCGCGCGUUGAGAUACUUGACAAGAGAGAAGGAAGUGAUUGACUUGGUGGAGGAGGAACCUAGGGAGGUGAUCGCGUCCCCGGAUUCGAGUGUGGAGGAAAUAGACGGCUUAGGAGAUGGAAGAGAGAGGUCUGUUGUGUCGGGUAGUAGGCGAAAGGACGAAAAUCGUGCCGCGGGAUAUGCGCAGGAAUCCGUCGUGUCGGAGCUGAGUAAUGGGAAUGUGGGGAUGGAGACUGCAGAGAAGAUGCUGGACAUGUUGUCCUUAAAUCCCGACGAUCUCGAGGUUCUGAGCAAGUCUGCCUACCAGAAGUUGCUUGAAGACGCGAGGAGGCGGGAUGCUAAACUUGGUAAUUUGGAUUUCGAGAUAAAAUUACACGAGGAGAAAAGGUCCUUGCUUCAAGAGUUGCGUCCAGCCAAAAAAUCCGAUGAGAGAGUACCUAUUGAGCCUUUCAUUCCUCUUACGGAUGAGGAGGAGGCAGAGGUGCAGCGUGCACUUUCUGGCAACCGGAGGAGGGUUCUUGUGAAUCAUGAGAACUCUGGCAUUGAGAUCACAGGAGAAACUUUGUUGUGCCUUAGACCUGGUGCCUGGUUAAAUGAUGAGGUCAUAAACUUGUAUCUUGAGUUAUUGAAGGAAAGGGAGAAAAGAAAUCCACAGAAGUUCUUGAAGUGUCAUUUUUUCAACACAUUUUUCUACAAGAAGUUAACAAGUGGCAGGAGCGGGUAUGACUAUAACGCUGUCAGAAGGUGGACUACCCAGAAAAAGUUGGGUUAUAGCCUAAUCGACUGCGAUAAAAUAUUUGUGCCCAUCCACCAAGAGAUACAUUGGUGUCUAGCCAUCAUUAACAAGAAAGAUGAGAAAUUUCAAUAUUUGGAUUCUCUUGGAGGAAGGGAUUCUCGAGUGCUGAGAGCGCUGGCCAGAUACAUUGUGGAUGAAGUGAAGGAAAAGUGCGGAAAAGACAUAGACGUAGGCUUGUGGGAGCAAGAAUAUGUCUCAGACUUGCCUGCACAGGAAAAUGGGUUUGACUGCGGAAUGUUUAUGAUCAAGUAUGCUGAUUUCUAUAGCAGAGGGUUUGGGCUUUGUUUCAACCAGGAUCAUAUGCCCUAUUUUCGGCGGAGAACAGCAAAGGAGAUUUUGAGACUAAGAGCUGAUUGAAUGGUGUUGCAAACGCAUUCUUUCAGUGUAAACCAUGCUUUAACAGCAAUAUUGACUGCAUCAACUUCAAGGAAUAGUAUGUAUGAAAAAUUCCACCGGGCUUUUGCCCAGGGCUUUCGACACUGAAAGAGGGGAGGUUGUAUAUACAUAGAAUGGAGCACUGCUUCACGGACAAUGAGUUGCAGCGUGCAAAGGAGGUCGAUAGGCAUCUCAGCUUUGAACUGCCCCUCGUUUCAUCUUGUGAUAAUCCUCGGUUUUUUAUUCUUCUUCUUCUUCCUCUCUUUUCUCGUUUGCCUGGUAAAUGGGUAUCAUUUUGUGCUUGUUCUUGUCCUUUUUUUUGUUUUUUUUGUAGAUUUGUAUCCGUGGAAGAGUAGAAAGGUAUCAUUUUGAGUCGAGAUUGAAUUGGAAGGAAGAGCUGCUCAUUAUAUAAAAGUUCCAGCUGUGAUAUACGUGCAGCCAAAUUCGUCUUGCA